AUGUCGCUGCGGCGGAUGCGAUGGAUGUCGGACGAGGACGGGCGGUGGGAGCUGGACGCGGAGACCCCGGUGACGAUGGAGGGCACGGUGCGCCCCGUCCCGGGGGACCCCCUGCCGCUGGGGCUCUCACGGGGCUACCGCGUCACCCGCCCCAAGCAGCUCGACUUCUUCCACGGCUUCAUGGCGUCCCCUCUGGUCCCCACUUUCUCCGCCACCCGCGACGGCCUCUCUGUCAACCACGCCCACAUCCUCUACAUCACGGACAACUGGUCUUCUACCAUCUUGGAGAAAAUCAAUGUUAACAAGCUUGUGUCUGUCGUGAAAGAGAAAUUAGCAAAUCGACAGGAAGAGGCCUCUUGGACCAAAGAUUUGAAGAAACACUUGCAUGAUGUUAUGUCUCUAGGUGUAGGCACGGAAAUCUUGAUCACACCAGACACCACUUUGCUGCUGGAGUUAUUUGAUAUCAAGAAAGGCAAUCGAGGAAAAGCGAUGUUUCACCACGAGGCAAAAAAUCUGGACGCUCUUAACCUAUUUGGUAUACAGUUAGUUAUUUGUGGGACACCUCUUUACCUAUUGCAGCUUCCUCAUCAUAAUAUUACACUCCAAGCAUCUUGGCCUGGAUUAUUUGUUGAUAAAAAGGGAGCAUAUUGGGAUGUGCCAUUGUCAUUAUCGGCUGACCUUGCUUCAGUUGGCUCCAGUUCUGGGUUGAGUUAUCAUCUAUUAUUGCGGCAGAAUAGUGGUGAACCAAAAUGUUUUGGUGGUGAUGAAACAGAUGAUGUUCCUAUUGCUCUGCUACCUGGCCUAUGUGCAGUAGCCAGUGGAUAUUUGGGAAACUAUUCAAGGAGAGUGGCUAUACGAGAUGAAACACAAAAGAGUAAUACUUUUAGAAUGUUUGAUGAAAGGAAUAAAUGUGCUGCCUUUGCAGGCCUCUUUGCUUCUGUUGCUUUCACUGCUCAAUAUGGGAAUUUUCAGAGGCUUUUUCUGGAUUUGACUAGGGCAAGUGCCCGAUUUGAUAUCACCUCUGGCUCCUUGUUCUUAUGUGGUGCUUCUCGCCUUGCACAAGAUUUCUUCUUCUCUAGAAGACCUGAUGUGGAGACAUUCUGCAAUAUUUGUCCUGAUGUGACUGUUUCCCUUCAACAACAGAUUGUUGGGCCCUUGAGUUUUCGGGUUGAAUCCUCUGUUGCCAUUGACCCCAGAAGCCAGGACCAUUUUGUUCGAGUGGAUGAUCCAAUCUUUGCAAUUGAUUGGGCUUUCAAGAUCCUUGGUUCAGCAAAGGCCACAGCGUGGUAUUCACCCAAGCUUCAGGAGGCCAUGGUGGAGCUCCGGUUCUACGAAGCCUGA